AUGUCACACUUAGAGAAUAGCACUAAGGUGACUAAAUUUAAACUUUUGGGAUUGACUGACAACCCAGAGCUGGAAGUCUCCCUGUUCAUAACAUUCACGCUCAUCUAUCUCAUCACACUGACUGGGAACCUAGGGAUGAUUGUGUUGAUAUGGCUGGACUCUCAUCUCCACACUCUCAUGCAUCUUUUCCUCAGUAACCUCUCUCUGGCAGACUGUGUUUACUCCUCAGCUGUGACUCCAAAAGUGAUGGCUGUGCUUCUCACGGGGGAUAAAGUUAUCUCCUAUGAGGGAUGUGUUGCUCAAAUGUUCAUGUUUGUGGAUUUUGCCGGUGUUGACUGUUUCUUACUUGCUGUCAUGGCCUUUGAUAGGUAUGCUGCAGUGUGCAAGCCCUUACAUUACACUACUACCAUGACUGCUAGUGUGUGUGCCCACAUGGUGAUUGGCUGUUAUUCUUGGGGCUUGUUUGAGUCUGCUAUCCAUACUGGAUUCACCUUCUCCCUCUCCUUCUGCUCUGCUAAUGUGAUUCAUCACUUUUUCUGUGACAUCCCUCCAAUACUGGCACUUUCCUGCUCUGAUAUCUAUGUGAAUGAGGUUGUACUAUUUAUUUUAGCUUCAUUCAAUGUCUUUUUCGCUCUGAUGGUUAUCUUGACCACCUAUGCAUUCAUAUUCAGUGCUAUCCUAAGGAUGCAUUCAGCAGAUGGAUGGAAGAAAGCUUUCUCUACUUGUGCAUCUCAUUUCACUGCUGUGACAAUAUUUUAUGGAACUGUAAUUUUCAUGUACUUACAGCCCAGUUCUAGUCACUCCAUGGACAAUGACCAACUGGCAUCUGUGUUCUAUACCAUAGUAGUUCCCAUGUUGAACCCAAUUGUCUAUAGCUUAAGGAAUAAAGAGGUUCAUAAUGCUUUCAGAAAAGUUGUUGUGAAAAUGAAGACUUUGCUGAGCUAA